AGACGCUCUUUGCCUAUUACACAUCGUACCACUCUCACCCCACCUCCCCGUGAACAUUCCGAGGUGGCUUUGACGCACAGCCCAAAGCGACUUUGAUCAAACACUUUUAUUACACCCCUCUCAUCACCUGCGCACAUCCAAAUCUUUCGAUAUGUGUGGAAUCUUCGCUUACUGCUCGUACCUUUGUGAGAAGGACCGAAGGCACAUCUGUGAGGUCCUGUGCAAUGGUCUCGCUCGACUCGAAUACCGAGGAUAUGACUCUGCCGGUAUCGGUAUCGACGGUGACAGCCCGGACUCGCCUACCAUCCUUUUCAAGCAAGUCGGCAAGGUCGCCAGUCUCCGCAAGUUGAUCUCUCAGCACGCUUCGGAUGCCGACCAGUCCUCCAAUGAGGCCGCCGCUUCGGACGCCAAGGAGGCAACCAACGUCGGGAUCGUGGAUAUGGGCAAGACGUUCAUCACCCAGACUUCGAUGGCGCAUACCCGAUGGGCUACUCACGGACAACCCAGUCCUCUGAACUGUCACCCUCAUACCAGCGACAAGACGAACGAGUUCAGUUUGGUUCACAACGGUAUCAUCACCAACUACAAGGAGAUCAAGCUCGUCCUCGAGAAGCGUGGAUACACCUUCCACACCGACACUGAUACCGAGGCUGUCGCCGUCCUCUGCAAGUACAUCUACGACUCUCAGCCCAACAAGAGGUUGAAUUUUACCGACCUCAUCAAGGCCGUCAUUAAGGAGUUGGAAGGUUCCUUUGCGUUCGUCUUCAAGUCGCAACACUUCCCCGACGAGAUCGUUGCCGCUCGACGAGGUUCUCCCUUGCUCGUUGGUGUCAAGACCGACAGGAAGCUCAAGGUCGACUUUGUCGAUGUCGAGCUCCCCACUGCUGAUACUACCGAGAAACUCUCGAACGACACCGAGAACGGAGGUCUGUUGACUGUACCCGGUGGAAACGCCGAGCCCAAGCUCCGUCGCUCGCAGUCUCGUGCCUUUUUGAGCGAGGACGGUCUUCCCCAGCCCAUCGAGUUCUUUGUCGCCUCCGACGCUUCCGCCGUCAUCGAGCACACCAAGAGGGUCUUGUACUUGGAAGAUGACGAUAUCGCUCACAUCAGCGAGGGUGAGCUCCACAUCCACCGACUCCGAAAGGACGACGGACUUUCCUCCGUCCGAGCCAUCGAGACGCUAGAGAUCGAGUUGGCCGAGAUCAUGAAGGGUCAAUUCGACCACUUUAUGCAGAAGGAGAUCUACGAGCAGCCGGAAUCUGUGGUCAACACCAUGCGAGGACGAAUCAACUUUGACAGCAGGACCGUCACCCUCGGAGGUUUGAAGGCUUAUUUGCCGGUCAUCAGGAGGUGUAGGAGGUUGUUGUUCGUCGCUUGUGGAACUAGUUACCACUCGUGUAUUGCCGUCCGACCUGUUUUCGAAGAGUUGACCGAGAUCCCCGUCGCCGUCGAGUUGGCCUCGGAUUUCCUCGACCGAAAAACCCCUGUCUUCAGAGAUGAUGUCGCCAUCUUUGUGUCCCAGUCCGGUGAGACUGCCGAUACCAUCUUGGCCAUGAGGUACUGUUUGGAGAGGGGAGCUUUGUGCUUGGGUGUUGUCAACACCGUCGGAUCCACCUUGUCUCGAGAGAGUCACGCUGGUAUUCACAUCAACGCUGGACCCGAGAUCGGUGUCGCCUCAACCAAGGCUUACACCUCGCAAUACGUCGCCCUUGUUAUGAUGGCUCUUCAGCUAUCUGACGACUCGAUCUCGAAAGAGGAGCGUCGUCAACAAAUCAUCGAUGGACUGCACGAAAUCCCCGCUCAGAUCAAGGGAGUCUUGAUGAUGGACAAGGCUUUGCAACAGUUGGCCAAGGAGACGCUCGCCAAGGAGAAGUCGCUGUUGAUCAUGGGUCGAGGUUACCAGUUCGCCACCUGUUUGGAAGGAGCUCUGAAGAUCAAGGAGGUUUCGUACAUGCACUCUGAGGGUAUCCUUGCCGGAGAAUUGAAGCACGGACCCCUUGCCUUGAUCGACGAGCACCUGCCUGUCAUCUUCAUCAUGACUCAAGACUCUUUGUAUCCCAAGGUGCAAUCGGCUUUGGCUCAGGUCACCGCUCGAAAGGGUCAGCCCAUCAUCAUUUGCAACGAUGACGACACCACCAUCAGCGAACAGUACCGAACCAUCCGAGUUCCCCUCACCGUCGACUGCUUGCAAGGUUUGAUCAACGUGUUGCCUCUGCAAUUGUUGUCUUACCACUUGGCCAUCAUGAACGGCGUCGACGUCGACUUCCCCAGGAACUUGGCGAAGUCGGUUACCGUCGAGUAAACGCAGCUGCAUAUGGUCUUGCUCAUGGUUAGCGUCCCGCAUGCGCCUGGGCCGAUCGUCUCUUUCCGGGUCUCUGCUCUCUUCCUGGGUUUCCGGUCGCAUUCUCUUAUGGACGAUUACAACAAACCAUACCAUCCGAUGGUGCUCUCACGCUCGGUGAUUUCCCUCGAUACUCUUCGCUCCUUCGACCCCUGUCGGGCAAAGCGGGAGCGAUAGACGGCACGGGGGAGUUCCUUAACGAAAGAUUUUGGUCAUGUACACACUGUAAAGCACUCGAUGUCGUAGACGUCAGAUCAUGAUAGAUGGAGUUCUCGUUUCAAGUUC